AUGGACAGAGUGACGAUUUUGGGACUGAAGGCGAAUCAGACCUACACAUUCACCUUUCGUUCUUGUCUGAGCAAGGAGACAAUUCCACAGUCCUGUGACCUUCGGACCACACACUUAACUGUUAAACAGGGACAAUAUUCUUCAAGGCCAAAAGAUCAAUUAAAACAAAAUCGAUUACUUCAAAAUGCCACGGAGGUUGAGGUUGAGGAAGCAGCUCCUGUGGUUAGAAUUUUUCACGUUCUUCUUGGAUUGGCUGUGUUCAUUUGCAUUACCUUGCUCUUCGUUUUUGGCACUCUUUUACUGCAUCGGUGA